AUGUUUUUAGAACCACUAAAAACCCGCACAACCUUGCACUUUCUGUUGGCGGCUCUAGUGGUGGAACAGACAGAGGGGGCAGUAUUCGAUUUCCUUCGGAAUUUUGCGGACUUUCGUGCCGUUGCAGAAAUCACUGCCACUCUAAGGAAGGCUGGUCAUAGGCUGAUCGACCUUCCUGAGAAUGAGAUAAAAGAACUGCACCGCCUUGGCACAAGCUCCGUCAUGAAGUCGAAUGUCCAGUCAGGUGGGUAUCUGGUUAUGGAACACAUUAAUGCCUCUGGCGAACCAGUAGUGCCACGAACAGCAACUAGAUCACCCGCUUCGUUCCUAAUAACGCCUGAGAUAUUCGCUAACCAUGUGGUCCGUAGGGAGGUUGCUCAACGUUACAACAAUCUCUGGACUCAAUUGCGCCUCGACGCCAUCAUCUCACCUGCGGUUGCCUAUCCAGCUCCUCCCCAUGGAACUUACGUGUCUAAUGCAUACUUGAGUAUUUAUAAUAUGCUCGACUACGUCACAGGUAGCGUACCGGUGACAAGAGUUGACUUGGACCUCGACGUUGCCUCAAGCGAGUGGUAUAAGAGUGAGGCAUAUCUAAGAAUUAAGAAAACGAGAUUUCCUUACGAUUGGGGAGACAAAGAAAUAAAGCAUUUGUAUAAGGGUCUGCAUGAAUACAAGGAUUCUCUAGUUGGUAUACAAGUGGUGUGUCAGAGGCUUCGAGAAGAGAAGUUGAUAGGUAUUCUUAAGGAAGUUAAGGCUCUAACCAGUAGUUUAAAUUCUUGA